AUGCAGACCCUAGAGAAGGCUCUCCAUCAGCCGAUGCCGUUUACAACCGGCGGCCAGACGAUAACUGAUCGAUUGAUUGCUGCCAAACAUUCGUUGGCCGGUUCACAAUUGGGUAAAACUAUCUGUAAGGCCACAACUGAAGAGCUGAUGGCUCCAAAGAAGAAACAUCUUGACUGUAAGUGCUAGUGAAGGUGUUAAUAAAUAUUAUUUUUACGCUUUAGUACUAUACUAGUUCAUUAAAUUCCAGACUUGCUCCAUUGCACGAAUGAACCGAAUGUUUCGAUUCCAUCAAUGGCAAACCUCCUCAUUGAACGGACCCAGAAUCCAAACUGGAUUGUCGUAUAUAAAGCAUUGAUUACAAUUCAUAAUCUAAUGUGUUAUGGAAAUGAACGGUUCUCUCAAUACCUCGCCUCAUGUAAUACAUCCUUUAACUUAACCUCCUUCUUGGAUAAAGUGGCUGCACAAGGUGGGAACUUGGCAUCUGGUAAGUCUUGCUAUUGUUUUAUGUUUAUUGUAUUUAGGAUAUGAUAUGUCAAGUCAUGUGCGGCGGUACGGGAAGUAUAUCUCGGAGAAGAUUGCCACUUAUCGUUUAUGUGCCUUUGAUUUCUGUAAGGUGAAGAGAGGACGAGAGGAUGGUCUGUUGAGAACUCUUCAUACGGAUAAGGUGAGUAAUGUAAUUACUAAUUAAAAUCCUUGUCUUAAUUUAGCUUCUAAAGACGUUUCCCAUUCUACAAAAUCAGAUUGACGCUUUACUUGAGUUCCAAGUAAGCCCAUCUGACCUGACGAAUAGUGUAAUUAACUGUUCGUUUAUUCUCCUCUUCCGUGAUUUGAUCCGGCUUUUCGCUUGUUAUAAUGAUGGGGUGAUCAACCUCCUGGAGAAGUACUUUGACAUGAACAAGAAGCAAUGUCGAGAAGCACUCGACUUCUAUAAAUCUUUUUUGGUAUGUUAUUUUUUCUAGGUAACAUGUUAUAUUUAGCUACGUUUGGACAAGGUCUCUGAGUUCUUGAAGGUCGCUGAGUCAGUUGGAAUUGAUAAAGGAGAGAUUCCCGAUCUGACUCGGGCUCCAGCCUCACUAUUGGAAGCCUUGGAGGCCCACCUUUAUCACUUGGAAGGCGGAAGAGGACCACCACCAUCUUCUCAUCAACAGGUAUUUGUAUUAAUAUGAUUUGAUUGUAGCCUUAUGUAGAUCGUUACUCAACAACUGGGAGCACAACAAGCUCAGCCUUUCCAUUCUUCGAAUAUGUCAGCAGGAAUUGAUGAAACAACAAGGCAAAAGUAUUUGGAAGAGGAAAAGGAAAGGCUAAGGCAGUAUGAAGAACAACGAAAGAAACAAUUGGGUGAUGGAUCCGGUAAUUUCUAAUUGAAGUGUGUAAAAUAUUUAUACAGAACAAAGUAACCCAUUUGGAGGCUCAUCAGCUUCGAAUGUGCCAUCGGGCCAGUCGGAUCUUCUCAAUCUUUUUGAUCCGCCUCGGGCGUCGCAUCAGCCCCCUCAAGAUGUCAAUAAUCCCUUUGCAUCUUUUUUGGCUGGUCCACCAACUCCACAACAACAAGUUCAAGCCCCGGCUUCCGCCAAUCCCUUUGGUCAAUUCCAACCAUUUAAUCAGCCACCCCAAACCCAGUCUGUCGCUCCUCCCCCCAUGCCACCCCCACCCACCACUGCCUUCAAUCCAUUUAGUAAUCCAGCUCCGAAUCCUCAAGCUCAAUCCGGUUACGGUAUCUACAAUCAGACUCCAUACUCCGGACAAGACGGAAGUUACAAUCCUCCGUCAUUCUUUGACGCACAAAUGGCAAACAAGAAUGAUCAACAGAAUGUCGACCAGGCCCUUUCUUCGUUAGUCAAUAACUUUUCCAUCAGCCAUCAGGCCCAAAAGUGAGUUAGAAUGACUUCUCUCAAUUAGAUUUUAGUCCAAAUGGGGGUGUUAACUGGGCGGGUGGUCCACCUCCCCAGAGCUUCGGAGCUCCGGGAACCUUCCCCCAGCAACCUCACAACCAACCCGGAUUCAAUCCAUAUGCAAACCAGCAAUGGCCAUCCAAUAAUCCUUAUGGCCAAGCCUUCCAGAAUCCUUAUCCCGCGUCCUCAGCCCCCUACUCCCAGGUUCCACAAGCGCCUUUUAACGCGCCUAAUCAGGCAGGAACUAAAGAUCCUUUCUCCUUCUCCUAA